CUUGAUGUAAAAUCUUGUCACUGAUUUGACUUCAUAAAUAACCAAUAAAAGUUCUGGAUUUCACCAUAGAAAGAAAAAAAAUAAAGUUGAAAAUCAGUUGUGUUCAAAUAUAGAAAUCAACAAUUGGAAGUAAUUUGUAACAUCUUUCAAGGUAAUCUAUCAACUCUUUGUUACAGAAAUAUCUUCAUAAUUCCAGUCAUUUAAUCUGACACCAAAUAAAUCACGGUUUCACUGCUAAUGAUGUUUCCUAUCCAGGUCUCCUUAAGAGCAAACACAUUGAACAAUAUAUUUAACACAAUUCCUAUCAAAUGAUAUAGAUAUAUAUAGUUUAAAAUGUAAAUCCUCUUUUGUAAAUUUCAAUAAAGCUAUUUAUUAUUCGAUGGCUUAUUAUAACUUCAUCUUGUAAUUUUAUCCUACUGUUUCUUACUUUGUAUUUGCAACUACUGAAUUUUAUAGUACUGUGUUUUAAUACUUUUUGCAUAAUUUCUCAUUAAUCUAAAAUUCAUAACUCCUAGUCUAAUUUUUAUAUCUUGAGAUUCCUCUUUCUUUCACUUAUUGGAUAAACCUUUAGACGUACGAAAACGUCAUUUUGUUGUAUAUUCAUUUAAUUAAUUCAUCACUGUAUUAUAUUUACAAAGUUUAGUUUUCUGUAUUCGACUUUCAGCUGUAUUUCAUGUGGGGGCUUGUAUAUUAACAAGCCACCUAAAUUGGAAUAAAUAGAAUGAAGUUGAAAUCUGUGAAACACAUAUUGAAAGCAGAAUACUUUAAUCACUAGGCCUCUGAUCUUCAUUUUAAGUGUUUACUUUAAAAUGACGAUAAAUUGGAAGCUGAACUGCGUCAAUGAUAAAUGUAUCGAAUUGUUUGAAGUAGUUUUAUAUUAGGAACUUUAAACAUAACUACGAAAAUGUUCUUUUCUUUUUUAGUGUAUAUCUAUUAAUCAGUUUUUCAUAUCUACCAAUAUCAGAUAUAUAGGUAAGCUAAUUAUAUAAAUAUAUAAGAUGAUGAUAAUACGUAAGUUUGAAUCGUAGAAUAACUCUCAAGGUCGCGUGCUAGACAACUGUACUUGUAGAAAUGAAACUCAUAGCUCACAUAACUGAAUUGCAAUAUCAUAUACGAUGAGUUAAUAAUCAUUUAUUUAUAUAAGAACCAUAACUGAUGUGAAUUGAAUAUUUCAUAAUGUUAUAAACUCUGUAUAUUUUAGAAAUCGAAAUAUGGAACAAGGUUUACGAUUCUGUUGGUAUUUACUUCCGACUUUAUUGGCAUGGAUAGUAAAAUAUGCAAUUCGUUUAAUUUUAUUACCGAUUUUCAUCGUAUUUAUUCUUGGUUAUGUUGUGAAAUAUUUCAAGAAAAAGUCUAAAUUGCGCACUAAAUUAUUACGUAAAAGACAAUCAAUAGCUCAAGGAAUGGAUCGUCUGAAAGAACAUCUUUCAUCUACGAAAAGCUCAUCAAAUAUUGAUUUACUAUCAGUUACAGAUUUGAAUUUAGAUACUAUUCAAGAACGUUUAGUUGAAGGCAAAUUUACAUCAGUUGACUUAUUACAUGCCUAUCAAAUUAAAGCUUUACAAUUAUAUGACUCAGGAAAUUCAGGAAUAUGUGAAUUUCUUGAUGAAGCAGAGCAGUUGGCUGUUGACGUUGCUAAAUUGAAUCGCUUACCUACAAGUAAACAAACGUUGGUUGGUAUUCCUAUUAGUUUAAAAGAAUUGUGUUCGAUCAAGGGAUAUGAUGUAACAUUUGGUUUGAUAGAACGAUGUAAUAAACCUUCACAUGAAGAUUGUUGCAUAUUGGAAGUACUUAGACAUGAAGGAGCAAUACCUUUUGUUCUGACAGCAACUUCUCAAACAGCUCUUUCUCUGAGUGGAAUAAAUCCAGUAUUUGGUGAUAUGUCCAAUCCUCAUUCAUCAGAACAUGAAACAGGCGGGAGUUCUAGCGGUGAAGGUGUACUUCUAAGUUUACGGGGAUCUCCAGUUGGAAUCGGAACAGAUUUGGCUGGAAGUAUACGAAUUCCUUCGGUGUUCUGCGGUCUUGCUGGCUUAAAACCAACUACCAAUCGUAUUAGUAGUAAAGGUGUGUGUGUGAUCGGUCAUAAAAAGUCAGUAUUGUUGAGAGUAAGUGUUGGACCAAUGGGUAGACGAGUGGAUGAUCUAGCUAAAUUAAUGCGUACACUUUUAACAGCGAAAAUGUUUCAAAUGGAUCCAUAUGUGCCACCAUUACUGUUUAAUGAUAUGAUCUACGCGGGUACAGAUAAGCCGAAAUUGACAAUCGGAUAUUAUACGACUCUAGAGGAUCCACUAAUUAUUACUAGCGUUCCAAGUGUUCGCAGAAUAGUGAAUGAAUCAGUGGACAUUCUAAGACAACGCGGUCAUAUUUUGUUACCGUUUCAUCCACCUAACAUAAAAUGGGCUUAUGAAUUAAGUAUGAAGGCGAUUUCUGUUGACACAAAAUAUAAUCUUCAAGAGGCUUUGUUUGCAGAACCACUAAAUGAACACACCAAAUUUCUCCACCUUUUAAUUAGUGUCCCACACUGGCUGAAAGUUAUAAUAGAUAAAUUAUUGAAUAUUAUCUUUGGUAGACCAGCUGCAGUUACAAGUUUCUUGGACGGUCCUAGGGGCGAAGCAAAAACAUUGAAUUUAAUCUCAGAUAUUGAGUUGUAUAGACAUGAAUUUCAAAGAGCUAUGGAAGAAGCUAGUAAUUUGGAUGCAAUCAUUUGUCCAGUUUUCCCCUUUCCGGCAUUUCCAAAGUCGGCCAAAUCGAUGUUUGUUACGCCAGCUAUCGCUUAUACAGUAUUGUUUAACUUGUUAGAUUAUCCAGCUGGAACAGUUCCAAUAGGAUAUGUGAAUAAGGAAGAUGUACAAAACUCAAAAGUGAUGGCUGAAGAAUACAAGAAAGUUGGCAAUCGAUUUCUUUCCGAGGUAUUCAAGUAUCAGGAAACAAGUGAAGGCUUACCGGUUGGUGUACAAAUUAUUGGUAAGCCAUGGCAAGAAGAGCGUGUGCUAUAUAUUAUGAAAGAACUGGAGACAUCAAGAACACUGACUGAAUAAUUAGAACCGUUAUUCCAAACCUUAUUUCUUCAGCUGACUUAGCUUGACCAUAUAUUAUCGCAUUGCUGUAAAAUAUUCAGUACCGUUUGAUCUACACAAAAGUAUAAUAUUUUAAUAUGAAAAAAAAACUGAAUUUGGCUUUUGAAUUUUGAAAUCUACCUACUUCUUUCAUCGAAAUAUAAAAAUUUCUAGAUAUUGUUUCAUUUUCGUUCAUGCAGUAUUUUAAACAGAUUCGUUGGAACAGUAGCAAAUAUUAGUUGAAAUGGAAAUGUAAAUUCAUUAUUAACUAAAAAUAGCAAUUUAUGUACAAUUUUCUUUUCUUUUAAGUACUAGUUAGUUACAGUAAUUGUUAAGCAGAGAAUUAUACUCAGUAUUCUUUAUUACACUAAUGUGAUUUGAACUAGGCAUCCUAUAACUUUAAUCUUAUCUCCUUCAAUAUAUUCUUGUUUAUCAUAAUACUUGUGUCACAUCUUGCUUUCAAUUGUUUAAAUCAUUCCUAGAAGCCCUUAUUUCAACUGCAUCUUUUUGGUUAGUGAAUGUUUCAAUUAUUGUGUUAUGUGGAAGUGCUAUAUAUGUAUAAUAUCAAAUCCACUGAUGGUGAUCUACCUCAGUGAUAGAAAUAUAGGCCUGAUUUUCGAUAAAAAUGAGUUGUUUUGAGUAACAGCCGGACGUAUAUGUAUAUUAAUAUAUCUUUUUAGUAGCGAAAGAAAAUAAGUAAAGGAAUCUAAUCUAGCUAGAACUGGGAAUUAAAGAUGGUUAGUUUGCGUUAUAACUCAAUGGCUAAUUUGACUCAUCUGUAUUUUAUUGUCAACAAUAUCGGUUAAGUAAAGUGAUCACAGUUUUCAUGCUCAUCAUUCAGUUUUCAAAGAACGUCAAGUGUCUGACAUGAUAUUCUAAAGCCGCAAUAGGUCGUGUUUUUAAGAAAACAAGAAUAUAUGGAGUCACAUAAUGUUGAGCUCUCAUUCGUUCAUGGCCAAAAGGUGUUUCAUGGAAUCUUACUAGGUGACAGUUUGUUUUCAAUAUUUGACAUUCACAAGAAAUUUACACCCAAUAUAAUAAACGUUAUUUCACUUAACCUAAAUUUUGAUGAACAUUAGUCAUGAUCGU